CAGAAGCUUGUGUCAAAACAAAUGCCAGGCGAAUUUUGGAUGAUGGCGGAUCUUUCGUGGUGCAUGAGAGAAGUGAUAGUUUUGUGCAGUGUUUGUUUACUUUAACGUGUUUACACCUGUUACAGUUCUUGGUUGUUGUAGGCAUUGAUUCACUGCUUGCUUCGGAAUGCAAAUAACAGUAGUCACCCUAAUUAUAUGUAUUUUGACAAAACACCGAAAAAUUUAAAUGUUAUUCGUGUUUGAUAUCGGGAACGUUGCAUCUAAAAUUACAGGUCCGAACGACAGAUAUUUCGUCUCCGAUUACACCUAAUGGUUAUCGGACACGGUAAUAAGUCAAAAUCUGUACCAUUAGAGCUGCAGGAAACUGAAACAUGUAAUACCGGCUGUUCAUUAAUCUUGGGAGAACUUAUACUGAAUGAGAGCUGAAUAUGCCCAAUGACAGCGCCAGGCUUAAAGCAUUACUUUCAGAUUUGGGCAGAGCAACACUUCGAGGAGUUCGUAAAUGCCCAAAAUGUGGGACAUAUAAUGGAACAAGAGGUGUUUGUUGCAAGAAUAAGGCCUGCAAUGUUGUAUUCAAGGAAGCUGGUGAGAAAAGGAAGCUUUCAACGGAAGCCUGCAAACUUGUUACAGGAACAACAACACAGGUUUAUUCAGUGCGAGUUCGGGACAAAGGACCUGACUAUCGUGGAUUUGUUCAGCUCCCUGUUGUGCAGCAUGCAACAGAAACAGAUUCAAGUUUAGAAAAUGAAGUGAACUUGAUUACACAGACAUCUGCUUUGUGUUUUGUUGACACUUGUCAGAGAUCAUUUGAUGCCAGUGUCCUCAAGUGUCAUGAAAAGUCUGACACCGUGACAUUAACAACAUGUCAGCACAUCCGUGCUGCAAUGCGUUGUUUCACUGAAGCUGUCCCUCUAACUUUGAAGGAUUCUGUUCUGGCAGCACUGAAUAUCAGCAACGAAAUAAAAGAGGCAGUUUGGUUUCUCGCAAAUGAGUCAGCAGGCCCUCUUGUUCAAAGAGUGUCAAAAAAUAUAAUGGCUGUAAAGUGUAAAGCAAGUCCAAAACAUCCAUUAGGAUAUCUGCAUUUUUCAUUUUUCAUGUCAAGGCUGAAAGAUAGAGUGGAAAAUAAAUAUUUCUGCAGCUGUACAGCAUUUAAGGGUCAAGUAAAACAUGCAAACAAUAAAGAUGACCCAACAUUCAAGAGAUGUGUGCACUUUUAUGCAUGUAUAUGUGCAUUUGCAAGUGACCCAAAACUUUCAGAUGAGUUUUCAUACUAUAUAAAUUUAGACAAGCCAUUGGUUAUACCUACAUCUCUGACAAUUUUUGUAAUCCAAAAAAGCGCUUGCGGCUUAGAAUCGAGUGCGAAGGAAGCGGAAGUUCUGAAAAACGUUGGUUCAGAUGAAGACUGUAACAAUCAGAUGGUUACAAUCUUGGCCAGUGGGGUACCCUGUGAAGUGGAAGUACAAGUGUUAAGAAAUGAUGCCACUCUCUUGGAUGCUUCCAGUAUACCAGUUUCUGAUGACACUCUGGCUGAGGUACAUAGUUUGGAUGUACUUCAAUCUGACCCUGUCGAAGUACAGAUACGUGAUAUUGACGCAGUUGGAGAGCUGACAUUUACUGAGACAAGUUUACUAGGUGACACCACUGCUCCACUUGAGGUCCUGACAGUGAAACGGAAGCGUGAGGAGCAGUCAACACUGCUUGCACUUGUUGAUCAGCCCCCUCGUAUAACAGAAAGCUGUGGGAACACUGUUAGUGGAAGUAACAUCAACACUGUCAGUAGCAGAGAGAUAGGCUGUAACACAACAAAUAGGAGAGGCAGUGCUCCAAAAAUACAGCAGCCUAGAAAACAGACAACAGAAAUUACAGAUCAUAUUGAUGAAACAACAACAAGCUUCUCAUUUACUCAAUGGUUGGCAUCAGUGACAGAAAGAAUAAAUCAAACAAUGCAUUUCCAGUUUGAUGGAAGACCAGAUCCACUUGUUUUUCAUAUACCACAGAAUUUCUUUGAUUGCCUUCGUGAACGUAUUUCAUGUGGUAGUAGAAAAAAGAGGCUACCAAAUUCUACCACAGCAUUCAUAAGAAGACAUUCAGUGCCAAUAGGGACAUUUACAAAAUACACCUGGAACAUUACGAAUAUCAUUCAAGUGAAGCAAAUUUUUGAAACAUCUCUGAUGCCACUGGAAAUAACACGAAGCUUUAUACAGAAUAGGGAUGGUUCAUAUGAACCAUACCGGCAUAAAAGUGAUGAGAAUGAAAUUUAUAGAAAAACAAAUUGCCAACCUUUGAUUAAGCCUCUUGAACUGAAGACAUUCCUAAAAGUUGGUAAUACUGCACCUGACCAGACAGACCCAACUCCAUUUGUUAUAGAGUGGAUUCCAAAUAUAUUGCCAGAAAGCAGUAUCGGUGAAUUGAGGAUCAGAUUUGAGUUCGGACAUCAACGUAAUGGACAAGUGGAAAAGCAUUUACAAUUAAGGCAAACAUAUUCGAGAUUGGAAUCCCGGCUUAAUGAUGACAUCUCAAUAACAAGAGUAGAUGACUGUGGUUUAUUGCCAAUGUGAUACCUUUGUAAAAUGUACAUGUUAAACACUUAAGAUCUGCAGAUUAGCUAUUAUACAUUACUGGUACUCAUGAGUAGUAAUUUUACUGUUUUAUAAGAUUUUCUUAAGUAUACUUAGUGAGAUGUAUUUAAUUCUUUGGGAAAGUAGUGUGGAUAGAGAAACCAUAAUCAAGGCCACUCAGCUGUGAUAAUGCUAUACUUUCUAUGCACUAUAGUUUAAACGUGUUGCAGGAGGGGAACUGUCAGUGUAAUUUUGUAAUUACAUAUUUUAGUAAAGAAUUUUGCAGCUUUUGCAUUGUUAUAUAUGUUUAAAAAAUUGUGACUUUUUGUGAUACUUUCAAAUUACAAUUAAAGUUGAAAAAAGUGUGCUUUUUUUUGGUAGAUAAUACUCACUAUGAAGACUUGAAAAAAUUAUAGUGUAUGUUUGUUACGUGGCUUGUCAGUGAAGGUGUGAGACUAAGUAUGUACCACUAAAUAGAAGCCUUGCUUAAAAUGUGCAUACUGGCGUACAAUACCGGUCACAGUGAAUAUUGUUUCAAUGAUGAUAAUUGUGAGUCAUAUGAUUACUACAUAAUAAAAAUGUGGGUCUCUCUAAUAGUUGUUUAUGUUUGUAUUGUGUAGAAUAUGAAGGACUGAAGAAUAAAUGAGGAGCAGUUCAUGAGUUUGAAAAUAAAAGUAUUUACAAUAGCUUUUAACCACACUUUA